GGGGAAGCUCCAAGGCCAGAGCUUCACCAUGGCGACCGUCAAGGGAGACGAGUACACGUUCACCUCCAACAACGCAGAGGACAUCCGGGACCUUGUGGUGACUUUCUUGGAAGGCCUCCGGAAAAGGUCCAAAUAUGUGGUCGCGCUCCAAGACAACCCGAUCCCCGUGAGCGAAGAUUCCGGCUUCCUCACCUUCCUCAAAGGCGACUUGAUCGUUCUGGACCAGGACACGGGAGAGAACGUGAUGAACUCCGGCUGGGCCAACGGAGUCAACGAGAGGACCAAGCAGAAAGGCGACUUCCCGACAGACUCUGUUUACGUCCUCCCCACUGUCACGAUGCCUCCUCCGGAGAUCGUGGCGCUGGUUACCAUGACCCCGGACCAGAGGCAAGAUGUCAUCAGGACGGCCUCGUUGGUGUCCUCCGACAGUGAAGAGAGGAUGAAGCCAUACACCCUAGAAGAAUUUUCCUAUGAUUACUUUAGGCCUCCUCCGAAGCACACGCUCAGCCGGGUCAUGAUCACCAAAAACCGAGGGAAAGACAAGAUGUGGUCCUACACCCGCGAGCCCAUCAAGCAGCCGCUGCUGAAGAAGAUCCUGGGAAGCGAGGAGCUCUCUCAAGAAGCGUGCAUGGCUUUCGUCGCUGUCCUGAAGUACAUGGGUGACUACCCUUCCAAAAGGACCCGCUCGGUGAACGAGCUGACGGACCAAAUAUUCGAAGGGGCCUUGAAAGCCGAACCACUCAAAGACGAGAUCUAUUCCCAGAUCCUGAAGCAGCUGACCGACAACCACAUCAAGUACAGCGAGGAGAGAGGGUGGGAGCUCCUUUGGCUCUGCACGGGCCUCUUCCCUCCGAGCAACGUCCUCCUGCCCCAUGUCCAGCGCUUUAUCCAGUCCCGGAAGCAUCACCCGCUGGCCAACGACUGCAUGCAGAGGCUGCAGAAGGCACUGAGGAAUGGCUCUCGCAAGUACCCUCCCCACCUGGUGGAAGUGGAGGCGAUUCAGCACAAAACAACUCAGAUAUUCCAUAAAGUGUACUUCCCGGAUGACACAGAUGAGGCGUUCGAAGUCGAAUCGAGCACCAAAGCCAAGGACUUCUGCCAGAACAUCUCCACCAGGUUGUUGCUGAAGGCCUCGGAAGGGUUCAGCCUUUUCGUCAAAAUCUCUGACAAGGUCAUCAGCGUACCUGAAGGGGAUUUCUUCUUUGACUUUGUCAGACACUUGACAGACUGGAUAAAGAAAGCGAGGCCGGCAAAAGACGGGAUAGUGCCUUCUCUCACCUACCAAGUGUUCUUCAUGAAAAAGCUCUGGACCAACACUGUGCCUGGGAAGGAUUCGAUGGCCGACUCCAUCUUCCACUACUAUCAGGAAUUACCAAAGUAUCUCCGCGGUUACCAUAAAUGCACCCGGGAGGAAGUCCUACAGCUCGGGGCCCUGAUCUAUCGGGUGAAAUUUGAGGAUGACAAGUCCUACUUCCCCAGCAUUCCCAAACUCCUGAAGGAGCUGGUGCCUGAACCUCUCAUUCGGCAGGUGUCUCCAGAUGACUGGAAGAGGUCCAUCGUUGCCUAUUUCAACAAGCACGCAGGCAAAACGAGAGAAGAAGCCAAGCUUGCCUUCCUAAAGAUUGUAUACAAAUGGGCUACCUUCGGAUCAGCUUUCUUUGAAGUGAAGCAAACAACUGAUCCAAAUUACCCAGAACUCCUCCUGAUCGCCAUCAAUAAACACGGUGUCAGCCUCAUCGACCGCAAAAGCAAAGAUAUCCUGAUCACUCACCCUUUCACGAAGAUCUCCAACUGGAGCAGCGGCAACACCUACUUCCACAUUACCAUCGGCAACCUGGUGCGGGGAAGCAAGCUCCUUUGUGAGACGUCUCUGGGCUACAAGAUGGACGACCUCUUGACCUCCUACAUCAGCCAGAUGCUGACGGCGAUGAGCAAACACAGGAGUGCAAAAGGCAGCAAGUGAACUGAGAGAAGCCACUGGCCGGCUACCCUGGCUCUCCUCUGUCAGCUCGGGGCCGUGGGUCACCCCUGCAGCUGGGGAAAGACGUUUUCCACCCACGUGUGGAAGAUGAGCCGGAGUCCCUCAGAAAGCCCGUCAGACUCCGAUCCUGAAGACUCCGGGCUGACCUCCCCUUCCAGCGAGGAUGACUAUCUCUGAGGACAGCCUUCCGUCGGUACCCCUAGCUGCCAUCUUUUCCUCGCUCAUUCUGGAUUUUUAAACCUCAACGCUUCUUUGUAUCGCUCACACCCCUUCAGACUGAGGCGCCACAAAAUUCCCGGUGUUGACAUUACACCAAAAUGGCAGGAGUUGCAAAGGCUUGUGGGAAAUGGACAGCAGGCCUCUUGUUUGAAAGAACAGCAGAGGGGAUUGUGAAUCCGUCUUUCUGUUAGGGACAGAAAUCCCCCUACACAAAAAAAUCACCCAGGUUUGAGAGCUGAACUUUCUUGAGAGAAAGAAAAAUUAAAGGGGUCUUUUUUGUGUGUUUGUUUGUUUUGUUUGUGAAAAAAAUAAAGAAAUGUAAAGGU